AUGGCGCCCCCUAAGUCUGCCCUAGACUUCCUAGAUUUUGUCAAUGCUUCCCCUACGCCUUAUCAUGCAGUCCGAUCCUCCAUCGAACGCCUAGAGAAAGCCGGAUUCUCAUCCAUCAAAGAGCGGGACAAUUGGUCCUCGACCCUCCGACCUGGCGGUAAAUACUACAUGACCCGAAAUGGUUCGACCAUUGUAGCGUUCGCGAUAGGAGCAAAAUGGAAACCGGGAAACCCCAUUGCUAUGUUAGGUGCUCAUACGGAUUCUCCGUGUUUGCGCAUUAAACCCGUUAGCAAGAAGAGCAGUGUUGGGUUUAUGCAAGUCGGCGUCGAGACAUACGGAGGCGGCAUCUGGCAUAGUUGGUUUGACAGGGAUUUGUCCAUCGCCGGCCGUGUUCUAGUCAAAGAUGGGAAGGGAAACUUCGUACAAAAGCUUGUUAAAGUCGAUCGCCCGAUUAUUCGCAUCCCAACUCUAGCCAUACAUCUCGAUCGCUCAUCCGAAUUCAAUCCAAACAAGGAAACUGAAUUAUUCCCGAUCGCCGGCAUGGUGGCUGCCGAACUAAAUAGGACCGGCCAGACGGACGCCCCCAAGACAUCAGAGGCGAAGGCCAAUCCCGAUGAAGCGUUCCAGCCACUCAAGGAAAUUACCGAACGUCACCACUCGUAUAUCAUUGAAAUAAUUGCUGAGAAUGCGGGGGUGCAAGUCACAGACGUGGUCGACUUUGAGAUGGUUCUCUACGACGUACAGAAAUCUUGCCUAGGUGGCUUAAACGAAGAGUUCAUAUAUUCUGCUAGGCUCGACAAUCUGAACAUGACCUAUUGUAGCGUCAUGGGCCUGAUAAAUUCCGUCUCAUCUAGUAGCCUCGACAACGAGAGCAGCAUUCGUCUGAUUACUUGCUUUGACCACGAAGAAAUCGGAUCGACGUCGGCUCAAGGCGCUAAUUCCGACCUUCUGCCAGCAGUUGUCCGUCGACUAUCUAUUCUUGCUGGUGGUCGUCAUGGUGAUUCAGGAUCUGAUAAGUCAUGGGAACAUAUCAGUUCUGACCCAGAUAUAGACUUAUCCACUGCUUUUGAGCAAACUAUGGCAGCAUCGUUCCUCGUCUCAGCUGACAUGGCUCACUCGGUUCAUCCCAACUAUGUUGGUAAAUACGAGUCACACCACCAGCCAGAGAUAAACAAAGGCACUGUCAUCAAGAUCAACGCGAAUCAGCGUUAUGCUACCAAUUCGCCUGGCAUUGUCUUGUUGCAAGAGGCAGCAAAGCGUGCGGGAGCCCCUCUACAACUUUUCGUCGUCAGGAAUGAUUCACCCUGCGGAAGCACAAUCGGGCCAAUGUUGUCUGCGAAAUUGGGUGUGCGUACUUUAGAUUUAGGAAAUCCCCAGCUCAGCAUGCACAGCAUUCGUGAGACAGGAGGGACUUACGACGUAGAGCAUGCCAUCAAAUUGUUUGAGGCAUACCUAUCACAUUAUUCCGACCUUGAGGCUAAGAUUUUUGUUGAUUGA